AUGAAAUUCAAUAAUAAAAAUAUCGAAUUUGCUGGGGGUAAUACCCUAUGGAGUAAGCUAUUCUUUACUUGGUUAUCACCUUGGAUGUCAAGGUUUUUGGGGACUGGAGUUAAUGCUGAUGAUCUUCCCCGUCUACCUGAAAAUGAUGAUAUUACAUUAUGGACAUCUUAUUUAGAAAGGGCAGUUAAUCAAGAAGAAAGAAUAAGUAAACUUAAAGGAAAAAGUUUAAGAAUAUAUAAACCCUUACUUAAAGUUUUUUGGCUUCAAUGUCUUACUGUUUUACUCCUAAAGAUAUUUUUUGAUUUAUUACAAACUUUAGCUACAUUAUCUUUAAGAAAUUUUGUUGCAAGUUUAGAGCCUGAUUCUACUUCUAAUAAUACCAAUAAUAAUAACCACAAAAAUAACUAUUAUAUGGGUAGUAUAUUUAUUGUUUUAACACUACUCAAAAUUCUCGUAGAGACUCAAUAUAGCUAUUGGUGUGGAAGGGUUAGCUUGCGUAUACAAGCUUCAUUAAUAUCCAUGACUUUUAGAAGAGUAGUACAUUGGAAAGCUUCUGCAAUCUCUUUUGAAGAAUCUGCCAUUGGAAAAUCUGCAAGAAAAUCAAUUAUUCUACGUCAUGCAGAAUCUAGAGGAAUCCAAGAUAGUGAGGCUGUUGUAUCAUCAAACGUAUUUAAUCUAAUUGUUGUAGAUACUUUAGCUGUUGAGGGAUUUCUCAUUAAUGCAAUAGAGUGCUUUAUCUUCCCUUUCAGGCUAAUUAUCGCAUACUUUGUGCUUAAAGACUCACUUGGAUCAUCAACUACUAUGUUUGGAAUAUUAACAUUAAUCGUAUUUUUGGUUAUUUCAUUCACAUGCCAAAUCAUUGCAUCCACAUAUAAAGCACCUUUUAUGUCAGCUAGAGACAAACGUAUUGACAGAUGCCAUGAAGUACUUAGUGAAGUUAGAACAUUACAAAUGAUGGGAUAUCAAAAUAUUGCUACAAGUAGAGUUAUGAAAUGCCGAACAGUUGAAAUGAAAGCUAACAAAAUUCGUAAUACAUUAUCUCUAAUUGGUAAUUGGAUUGGGUAUCAAAUGUCAGGGAUUGCUCAACUUGUUCUAUUUCUACUUGCAGUAUAUAAAGGGAUUCAUUACUCCAGAGAAUAUAAUAUUCCUUUAGUAAUUCCUGCCUCUGUAGGUGUUACUACUCUCAAAGUAUUAUUUUCACUAUUAGGACCUUGCAGAAACCUAUCCAUGUAUUCUUUUGCCACCAUUGAAGCACUCAUUUCUUUUAAUAGAUUUCAGUCAUUUAUAAGAUCAAGGCCUCUUGACCUCAGGCACUGUGACUCACAUUCUAUUACCUCUAAUAAUUUUUAUGACUUCUCCCCAAAUACAAAAAAUACUUUCCCAGCUGAAAAUGCAUGCACACAAAAUUCUGGCGCCAAUUCUCUUGAUCUUGCCAGAAAUAUUACUGCCCCUAGAUUAAUUACUUAUUACAGAGAGAAUACAAGUUCUCCAGAGUCUGCAGGACUUUUGUCCUCAAGAAAUCAAACAUCACCAUCUAUUUCUGAUAAAGAAACUAAUGGAGAAGGUUCUAUUGGUCGUUUUGACAAUACAAACUUGAAUAUCUACUCAAGAUAUACUAGUGAAAAUAAAAGUAACAAUUUUGUUAAUUUACAGGAUGUUACCAGCAAAGAUGUUGUCAUUAUGAGAAAUUCAUCUUAUACAUGGAAUAAGGAUACUCGUAAAAGGAAUAAUAAGUACACAAAUAAUGGAAAUAAAGAACAUUAUAAUCAACAUCAUGGAAAUUGUGAACUAAAUACAGAUACUGCUUUUAAUCAUUGUACUAAUUCUGAUGUGAGAUUUAAAUUAAAAAAUGUCAAUUUAUCAUUAUCUCUAGGUGAAACUAUUAUUGUCGUUGGAUCUCCUGGAAGUGGAAAAACUUCAUUAAUGAAUGCAGUAUUAGAUGAAAUUGUUCAGGAAAGUGGAGUAACAUAUGUUCAGCCAAGAGAGACUAAGAGCCCUAUAGCUUAUGCAUCACAGAUACCUUGGAUUCCAAAUGGUAGUAUUAAAAAUAUCAUUCUAUUUGGUAGAACCCUUAACCAGCAUAAAUAUGAUAUUAUAUUAGAUUGUUGUCAGCUUCGUCAAGAUUUUAAAUCUUGGCAAGAUGGAGAUCUUAGAAUUGUUGAUGAAGGAGGAUGUUCAUUAAGUGGAGGCCAAAGAGCCAGGAUUUGUUUGGCAAGAGCUUUAUAUUCACUUCCAGACUAUCUUUUUUCAAAUGACAAAGAGCCUUCUUCUUUAUUAGAAUCUAAAACACAUUCUAAAAACUCUCAUAAUAAUAACCACUACCAUUACAAUUUAAACAAUAGCUUAACUUCCAAUGAUGAAUCAAUUUUGUAUUUAUUAGAUGAUAUAUUUAUAAGCUUGGACCCUGGAGUAAGUAAAACUAUUUUCAGAAGACUUUUUGGCCAAAAUGGCCUUUUAAGAAAAGUUGCAACAAUAUUGUCUAUUGAUCAUACAAACCUAUCAUUCUUAAUGGGUACUAACAAGUUAAUCAAAGAUUUUAAUCCCAAAAUACUAGUUUUGGAUGAUGGAUCCCCUCAAUUCUUUGGAGGGUACCAGUCAUACCUAACAGACUGGAGAUGUGUACAUUUAGACUUUAACCAUAGAGAGCAUGGGACACAAUCUGAGGAUUUUAGCCAUGACGAUGAUGAUCUACAUAUUCAUUCUAAAUUGGACGUUACUACAAAUAAUAAUACAAUUUACCUACCAAUUAAUCCUUCAACAAAGAAUGAAACUUUAAGAAAAGUUAUGGAAAAAGAGGGAAGAGUUACAGGAAUGGUUUCAAAGGAAACCUAUUUUUGGUACUUUUCUAAGCUUAAAUGGAGUUGGACAUUUGCAUUAUUCAUAUUAUGUUGCUCAAAAACUCUAUUUGAUAAAGGUACCGAUUAUUAUAUGGGAUCUUAUACAUCCAGAAUUCCUCUCUCUGAUGUUGAAAAGUCAAUAUAUGAAGGCAAAAAGUUUGCAUUUAUUUAUACUCUUCUAGCUAUUAUACAAUUAGCUGUAAGCUCAAUGGUUUUUAUUGGAGAAGCAAUAUGUGGUAUUAGAGCAGCAGAAGAAAUUCAUGAUAAUUUGCUAGUUGAUGUAUUAAAUGCUCCCUUAAACUUUUUUGAUUCUAAUCCUGUUGGUAGAGUUCUUAGUAGAUUCAGUACAGAUUUACUUAUGGUAGAUAAUAUACCAGCAAUGAAGAUUGCCACAGUUUUGGUUGGAGCAAUGAAUGUUUUGUUUCAAUGUGUUGUGGUUGUUUCAGCAGAACCUUCUGUAAUCUUUUUAUUUCCUUUGAUUGGACUGGGUAUCUAUUAUGCAGUUGCCAGAUACUUUUCAAGAUCUUCCCGUGAGCUUCAAAGAAUGUGUCUUGUUUUGUAUUCACCUCUUUGUGGGGUAUUCUCUGAGGCAAUGAGUGGGGGACCAAUUAUCAGAGCUUUUCGUGCUCAAGAUCAUUAUAUGUUACAAGGCACUGAAAUUAUUGACAUGGUUCAAAGAGCUAAGUUUAUGCAACUUUGUUCAAAAGAAUGGUCUUCUCUUAGAACCCAACUUCUUACUUUUCCUUUAACUGCCAUGUCAUCAAACUUUUUCACUGCUUUAAUCUCUGAUUUCUUUUCUGCAUCUUCAGAUACCACUAUAGUAAAUCAAAAAAUUAUUAAUACUGGUAAAAAUGCAGGAUCUGGACCAGGAGCUGGUAUUGUUGGUAUAGCGCUUUAUUAUUCAGAAUCAAUUGCCUCCAAUAUUGGUAUGACAAUUACAUCAUAUGUUAAUAUGGAGAAGGAAAUGAUUUCAGUAGAGAGAUUACAUCAAUAUAACGAAAUGUUGAAUAGGGAGAAAAUUCACAAUUUACCAUUUUCUUCUCCAUGUGUGAUUCAAAAUAUUAUGAAAUCUAAUAGUAAUGAGAAAAUAAUCAGAAAAGGUGUGAAAAUUGAGGAUUUAGAAGUCAGAUAUAGACGUCCAAACAGUAAUCCAGCAGAUGAUCCUGAUGAGAUUUACUUCCCCCCUGCAAUUAACAAGAUGAAUGCACAUACUGGUCCAAAUGAACAUAUUGGAGUAAUUGGUAGAACUGGUAGUGGUAAAUCCACAUUCUUACAAGCAAUUUUAGGUUUGGUUCCCAUAACUAAUGGGAGAGUAUUUUUGGAUGAUAUUCCAAUUGAUCAGAUGGCUAAUGAGGAUAGAAAUAAGUUAAUAGGAAUCCUUCCCCAAGUUCCUUUAAUUCUUAAAGGGUGGACAGUUCAGAACUUUUUAGAUCCCUAUCAGAAAUUCUCAAAAGAUGAUAUUUGGAACGCUUUAAAUUUAUGUGGUUUAUCAGGUUUAAUAAGAUCAUUACCUGGUGGAAAAAUGCUCGAUGCUGUAAUAGUUCCUGAUAAUAGUCCAGGUACUACAUGCAAUAGUAAUAAUGCAGAUCAUGCAAAUAAAGCUAAUCAUAAAUCUAAAACAUCAGAAUAUAUAUAUUCUCUUCAUAACUCUGAAGAAUUAGAUGAUGAAAGAUAUUUAUCAGACUCUCAACUAAGAUACCUUUCUUUAGCUAGAUUAGUUUUAUAUGCUAAAGACUAUAGAUUAAUUCUGGUAGAUGAGCCUCCACCUGAUGUACUCCAAGAAGAAACUACAGAUUAUGUUCCCAUACACCAACUACUUAGACAAUACUUCCCCCAUUGUACAGUGUUUGUAGUUGCUCAUCAUGCAGCAUCUUUACAAAACUGCAAAAAAGUAUGGGUACUGGGUAAAGGAAGGAUAUUAUUAGAAACUACUUUGAACUCAAAUUUCUCUCAGGAUAAGAUGUUACAGCUAUUUCAGACUGCAGAGACCGAAUUAGAAGAUUUUAAAACAAUUAAGGAAUAA